ACUAGCAUUUAUCACUUCCAGCAAGUGCCGUUGCUUGGCCCCGCAGCGCGGAGGCUGCGGUGCGUGUGGUCGCGGGAGCUGGCCCUGCGGGGACCCCGGGGGGGGAGGGGGAGCGGUAAAGCCCCCGCCGAGGCCGUCGCUGCGGGGCCUCCCCUCCCCCCCGGGCGAGCGCCAUGCGGGGGGGCUCCGGCGACGCGGAGCGGCGGCAGCGCUGGGGUCGCCUGUUCGAGGAGCUGGACAGCAACAAGGACGGCCGCGUGGACGUGCACGAGUUGCGCCAGGGGCUGGCCAGGCUGGGAGGGGGCGACCCCGACCGUGCACAGCAGGACAUCUCCUCUGAGAGGGACCCUGAUCCAGAUGGUGGCCUCAGCCUGGAGGAAUUCACCCGCUACCUGCAGGAGCGAGAGCAGCGCCUCCUGCUCAUGUUUCACAGUCUGGACCGGAACCAGGAUGGUCACAUCGAUGUCUCCGAGAUUCAGCAGAGCUUCCGAGCGCUGGGCAUCUCCAUCUCGCUGGAGCAGGCAGAGAAAAUCCUACACAGCAUGGACCGCGAUGGCACCAUGACCAUUGACUGGCAGGAAUGGCGAGACCACUUUCUGCUGCACUCUCUGGAGAAUGUGGAGGAUGUCCUGUAUUUCUGGAAGCAUUCUACGGUCCUGGACAUUGGCGAAUGCCUGACGGUGCCGGAUGAGUUCUCCAGGCAGGAGAAACUUACAGGCAUGUGGUGGAAGCAGCUGGUGGCUGGCGCAGUGGCAGGGGCUGUGUCGCGGACAGGCACAGCUCCUCUGGACCGCCUCAAGGUCUUCAUGCAGGUCCACGCCUCCAAGUCCAACCGGCUCAACAUCCUAGGGGGCCUGCGGAACAUGGUUCAAGAAGGGGGCGUCUUGUCCCUCUGGCGGGGCAACGGCAUCAAUGUGCUUAAGAUCGCCCCUGAGUCGGCCAUCAAGUUCAUGGCUUACGAACAGAUCAAGCGGGCCAUCCGGGGGCAGCAAGAAACACUGCACGUUCAGGAGCGCUUCGUGGCGGGCUCCCUGGCUGGGGCCACCGCUCAAACCAUCAUAUACCCCAUGGAGGUACUGAAGACAAGGCUGACUCUGCGCAGAACCGGCCAGUACAAGGGGCUCCUGGACUGUGCAAGGCGGAUCCUGGAACGCGAAGGGCCCCGCGCCUUCUACCGUGGCUACCUGCCUAACGUGCUGGGCAUCAUCCCCUAUGCUGGAAUUGACCUAGCCGUCUACGAGACCCUGAAGAAUCACUGGCUUCAGCAGUACAGCCACGAAUCGGCAAACCCGGGCAUUCUUGUGCUCCUGGCCUGCGGCACCAUCUCCAGCACCUGUGGCCAGAUUGCCAGUUACCCCCUGGCACUGGUCCGGACCCGAAUGCAGGCCCAAGCCUCCAUCGAGGGUGGCCCACAGGUCUCCAUGGUGGGUCUGCUUCGACACAUCUUAUCCCAGGAGGGUGUAUGGGGCCUCUACCGGGGCAUUGCCCCCAACUUCAUGAAGGUCAUUCCAGCCGUGAGCAUCUCCUACGUGGUCUACGAGAACAUGAAGCAGGCUCUGGGGGUCACAUCCAGGGGACACAGCCAAGGGGACCUUCUGCAUCCCAGCACAGCCAGCCCUGCUCAGGCCUCAGAAAGUCACAAUUAAGGACCAAGACACAACACAGCAUCCUUCCUGAAACCCAGCAUCCAAUAUGCAAAAUUAAACAUCCCCAGACUGACUCUGGGUCUAUUUUUCUACCAGACAGAACAAAGUUCCCUGGCUCCCCACCACAUUCCCAUACCCUCCAAACUUCAAUGUUGGGUUCUGAGCUUAGGAAAAUUGGGGUGCCCCUCUUGACUCCCCAGUCUUUGGGGACCCCACCAAAGGACUGUGAAAAGGGAGCGAGGGUCAGGAGGACCCUACCAUGGCUUCCACCUCUCCCUCCAGCCCACGCCAAGUCCCACCUCCCUGCCUGUGUGUGUCAUUUCAAGGGAAAAGAGAAUAAAUUUUCUAAGCUCUUU